ACAACCACAACUUACCCUAUGGCGACUCUCAACGACGGAGAAACACCCAUAGUCGGCUACGGCGCGCUCCCGGGGCCAUCAGCGCCCGCCCCGGCGACGGCUGCAUCCACGGUCGACGUCCCACCGCCUUGGAACAAGAUACAUCCGCAUCUCCGCACCCCCCUCGCGAUCCUGCUGUUCCUCCUGCUCGCCCUCCCGCCCGGACUCCCCGCGCCCCUCCCCACGUCAGUCUACGCACUCUCUGCCCGCGUCUUCGUCGCGUUCGGGCAGCGCUUGUACACGGACCCGGACACGGAAUGCUUCCCGAUGCGCGUGAUCGCGAUGCACAGCAUCCUCCUCUUCGCGCUGUACCCGAUCAUCGCGGCGGAGGAGGCGUCGCUGUGGCAGGCGGCCGUCACCUGUUUUGCGCUCGUCACCAACUUUCUCGCGUUCCUCGUGGCGAUGCUCCAGGGCGGGGGCAAAGGGCGGAGGUGGGCGCUCGAAACCCCUGCACAUCGUUCCUCGGUCCCGCGCUGCUUCAACUGA